UCUUGGGCAAAGUGGGAGGGUAAACUACAUCUCCUCCCCUCUGUGACGAAGUCCAUCGCAAAGACUAUUCAACAUCACUUCCGUGUUCUGUAGUUAGGUAGGCUGUGAACCCCUGAAGCAAUCGCCCAGUCUGUCGUUACCAUGUUUACUUUUUUUGUAUUUACUUUUUUUGUAUUUUAACUAACGCCCGUCGUCUCACAAAGUCUUCGAAAAACUCUCUAACAUGGCUUGUGGCGAUUCAGAGGUCGACCUGGGGACGAUUCCUCUCACCGCACUGAAUGUGACUGUGAGGAAAAAGUUGGGACUUUACCUAAAUCCCAGAAAUGCAGUGGCCGCGGACUGGAUGGCUGUCGCGGAGGCCAUGGACUUCAGUUACCUGGAGAUUAAGAACUAUGAAGUGUCAAAAAACCCCACCAAAAUGGUUCUGGACGAGUGGCAGGCUCGGUCCACAGAUGCGACGGUGAGAAAGUUGCUGUCAAUCCUGAUGAAGGUGGAGAGAUAUGACAUUGUGGAGGAUCUUCGCCCUUUGAUAGAUGAGGAUGUCAGGAGGCACUGUGAGAAUCUGAAGAAGAAGGCUGAUCCCCCACUUCAGGUUCCUGAGGUGGACAGCUGUGUCCCUCGCACCACUGAGAGGAAUGGUAUCACCCUGGAGGAUGACCCCGAAGGUACUCCUGAGCUGUUUGACGCCUUCAUCUGCUACUGCCAGAGUGACUUCGAGUUUGUCCAUGAGAUGAUUCGAGAGCUGGAACAGACAGAGUACAAGCUGAAACUGUGUGUGUUCGACAGAGAUGUCCUCCCAGGCUCCUGCGUAUGGACCAUCACUAGUGAACUCAUUGAGAAGAGAUGUAAGAGGAUGGUGGUGGUGAUUUCUGAUGAAUACCUUGACAGUGAUGCCUGUGACUUUCAGACCAAGUUUGCUCUCAGUCUCUGUCCUGGAGCUCGAAAUAAAAGGCUUAUCCCAGUGGUGUACAAGUCAAUGACAAAGCCGUUCCCCAGCAUCUUGCGCUUCCUCACCAUAUGUGACUACACCAGGCCUUGCACACAGGCCUGGUUCUGGGUGCGGCUGGCCAAAGCUCUUUCACUGCCAUAAUCAUGGAUCAGGCAGUUAUUUGCGUUUAAAAGUGCCUUUUUAUUCCAUCCACUAGAUUAUGUUGGACAGUGAUCAAGUGUGUGCUGUUGCUUGUGAUCCACAUCCUACUGGCGUCUGAUCCCAAAUGUGAUUUCCUGUGCGCAUAUGGUAUAUAUUUCAAUGCUACCAUUUGUGCCUCCUUUGAAGACGACACAUUGAUUUCUGUGCAUUAUGAAACUAAAAGUGUACAAGGAUACCAAAUAUCAGCAAAGUUCUUAUAAAGCACAAAGCACAAAGCCAUUAUUAUGUUAUUAAAAUUUCAAGAAUAACA